UUUCAAGAAAUAAAAUAAAGUAUCUCAAUCUCAAUAGUUUGUGAGGAAAUGGAAAUAAUGGAAUCGGAAAUUGAAACAAGAGAGGGUAGAUCAUUGCAUUAUUAAAAUUAAAACAGUAAGGACAUCUGGGUCACCUAAUAAGAUGAAUUAAGAAUAGGCGAGAGAACUGUCUCCGGCCCGCAGCAAAUAUGAAGCCCGUGGUCUGUUGAAUUGCAGGCUACGUUACAAAGUGAUAAAUGGCGAAAAGGAGAAAAAUGAAGUCAUUUGGCCAAAUGGAAUAAUAUCUUAUUAUUUUGAUUCCAAGAGUUAUGGUAAGUAUGUACUUAUUUGACAUGUACUUAUACACUGCAUACUUGUACAGGUAUAUACAUAAUUUCUCUCUCUCUCUCUCAUACAAACUAUAAGAAAUGUAAACGAAACGUCAAUAGCCUAAUGGUUGGAGUUACGAUUUUGCUGUCGUGGCUACGAUUCCCAACAUUCGUCUAGUGUCUAUUGUCUAAAUGGAUAUGAGUUAUUAGUAAAUUACAAUAACCUGUAUUUUAAAAACAAUGAUUUUUUUACGAUAUCAGAUCAUGUGAUAGCCAUGCGACUUCGUUUGGCAAUGAAUUUGCUGGAGAGCGUUUCGUGUAUCAGAUUUAUACCAAUCAUCGGGACACCGAACAGGAAUGAAUCGUGGUUGCAUAUAUCUAACCCACGAUUGCAACGGGACUGUGCGCACGAACCACUUUAUAAUGGGAACGGUGAAGUGGGUUUAGUUCUAGGCCUGGAUUGCCUCUCUGAGCAACAGAUAUUGCAUACGCUCUUGCACGGCGUUGGUUUCAAAGACGAGGUGUCGCAUCCUCAGAGAGAUCAGUAUAUACGAAUUUUAUGGAGCAAUAUUCAGCCGGCGUACCAACAUCUUUUCAAAAAACAACCUGGAGUAAAGCUGUCAAAAAGUGCUAUCGAGUACGACCCAAUGAGUGUAAUGCACUUUCAUGAUAGAGCAUUUAGCACUAAUGGACAAGCAACUAUCGCACCUUUGAUAGCUGGAUUAGUAAUAACUCCUUCAGAUAGUUUGUCACAGUUGGAUAAGAUGAAACUCAAAUUACGUUUCGGUCAUGAAUGUAACAAACGGAAUGUAGACGAUUUAUUAGAUAUAUGUAAAAAGGUGCUACACGAAGACAUGAAUCCAGAUUAUAGAGAGCGCCACUGUGCUGAAAUGGCGGCGACAAAAUAUUCACAUCCUUUCCUUAAUGGAUUGAAGCCGUUAGUAGAAGAGCACGACGAAGAAAUACAACAAAUUAAAGAGUGGAUGAAGAGUCAACCUCAUUUGCCGUACAUCUCCGAUGAGUACGUGAUAUUGUUUCUCCACUCAAAUUACUUCAAAGUGAAAGAGACGAAAGACACAAUUGAAUGCUACUUCACCCUGCGCAACAAUACACCAGACCUCUUCACAAAUCGGGACCCGCUGGCGCCAAAGAACAAAACCAUUCUGGAUAUCACGCAUAUGGUGGCUCUACCAAAACAGACGGAGGAAGGUUACCACGUCCUUUUGUACCGGCUGUCAGAUCUAGACUACAGCAAGCUGAACUUCGCGGACGCGGUGCGGGUUUUCUGCAUGUUCAAUGAUGUGAAGUUGUCCGAAGAUCGUCUGUCUGAAGGCUACGUAGUGAUCUUCGACAUGAAGGGCUGCAAUCUCGGACACCUUACGAGAGUCACGUUACCUGCAUUAAGGGCUUUUAUGCAUUACAUUCAAAGUGCUCAUCCAUGUCGAUUGAAGAAGAUUCACGUGGUACAUACUGUAUCUUUCAUCAACCAAGUGAUGUAUCUCAUCAAACCAUUAAUACAUUCCAAUCUUCUAGACCUUCUUAACUUUACUUCUGAAGGACCAGAAGCAAUUCUGGAUAAAGAACUAUUGCCAGAAGACUAUGGUGGCCCAGGUACACCAGUGAAGCAGUUACACGAAGAACAGAGAAGGAAUAUGGAAGAGAACUAUAGAGAAUGGUUGAUAGAAUCGGAGAUCUUCAAGGUCGAUGAAAAGAAAAGAAUUAAGAAGCCAAGUAAGGGAAUGUUCGCCAGCUUUACGAGCAGUUUUAAGAGUCUUGAUAUUGAUUGAUGUUUUUAGAAUUUAACCAAAAAUAGCAAAUGAUUGACUGGCUACGUAAUAAUAUAUUAGAAGCAAUAUGUUGAUUUUUAUCUUCCAUUUUGGUGUGGGUUUUCAUGGCACACGAAAACAUGUUUUCCCACUAGUAUAUUUUGAAAAAAAAAUAUGAAUAUAAAAUCUCUAAAUUGUAUUUCUCUUAACUUAUUUUGUAUUAUGAACGUCUAUCUAAAUUGUAUAGUCUUUACAGUAUAUUAGAUAUUUGAAUGGAUAUGUCGUUAUACGAAUACAUUAAAAAAACAACAAUGUAUAUUUUAUAGGAUUUUUUAUAUUCGCUUAGCGAUAAAAUAGUUUGUAUGGUAGGUAUUAAAAUUCGUGGUGCUAAUUUAAUUUUGAUUGGAAUUGUAAAAAAUAUGUCGUACUUGUCUAAUAAUAAAUCUAUUUUUUUUAAAGAAAUCGCUGAGCGUUUGAAUAAAAUUAUGACUUUAUAUAAUAAAUUUAAAAAUAAUAACUAGAUUGAUGUGUAAAGGGGAAAUGCAAUAUCUAUAAAAAAAAUUAUAACGUCGCCUAUAUCCUUGUUAAUUACAUAAAAAAUGUAAUAUAAUAUUUUUAUGUAUUUUUCCUAAGGUAAUCAAUAUUGUUGCCUUUUUUUGUAAAUAAUUGUCAACACUGGGAUUUAAUAUAUGAAUAAUGUUAGUUUUAAAAGUUAAAAAGUAAAUAAAUUUACUAAAUGAUGGCUUUAUUGUUUUGCAAUGUUUCAUCAUCAGAAUUUUUUCAGUCAUUUUUCAUUCAAAAAUGUUACGAAAUAAAUUGAGUUUACGAUUUUUUGUUCGCUACUCUCGUCAGUGUAAACCCACGGUUUCUAAAAGGUAACAUAAGGGUAUUAUGGUUGUGACAAAAUUGUAUUACAUAUUGUAUAACUUAUACAUAAAAUAUCAACGUUUUUGAUAACUUUU